AUGGCGCUGGGCCCGUACACGAACAUGCGCGUGGACCGCCACGACCGCGUCUUCGUCAUCACCAUGCAGAAAGCGCCAGAGAACCGUCUGAACGUCGCGCUCGCGCAGGAGAUGAUCCGCGCGCUGCGCGACAUUGAGCGAGAACUCGGUCCAGACGCGGACGGGUGCGUCAUCACGCGCGGAAACGACGCAAAGUACUGGUGCACGGGGCUAGAUCUUGACGAGAGCGAGACAAACCCGCACGCCAACAGCGACGGCUUCUUCCCGCUGCUCGCGACCCUGCUCGACUAUCCGUUCCCCACCAUCGCGCUGCUGACGGGGCACACGUUCGGCGGCGCCUGCCCCCUCGCCCUCGCACAUGACUACCGCAUCAUGAACGCGCAGCGGGGGUUCUUCAGCAUGCCGCCGGUCAAUCUGGGGCUGCACUUCCCCGGGAUCGGGGCGCUGCCGCGGCUGAAGCUGCGCCCGCAGAUCGCAAGCAAGAUGCUGCUGGAGGCGCACCGGUGGACGGGCGCGGAGGCGCUAAGCGACGGCAUCGUGGACGCAAUCGCCCCGCCAGCGGAGAUGCUGGACGUUGCGCUCGCAAAGGCGCGCGACAUACAGGGCAGGGCCAGGAUGGGUGUGUACAGUGUGCUGCGGAACGAGCUGUGGGGCGCGGCCGCGGAGCAGAUCAGGCGGAUAUGUUAUGUGCAUGGGCAGAGAACGACGGCGCCUGCGAAGGCGAAGAUUUAG